GCUAUAUGUUUGUUUAUGCUAACUUAGUCAAAACUUAUGUCAAACAAUAAUUGAAUCAAAUUGAAUUUUCUUUCGGUGAAUAGUAUUUUACAUUGUAACAUUUGGGAAUUCUAUGUUCAAAAUAAUUUCAUAAAAAGUAUUUAAAAUAAAAUUAUAAUCAAAUAUGAAUUACAUAUGUAUUAAUAUGUUUAAUGUAAAAUAUAAAUAUCAUACAGUAUUAUACGAUAAAUUAAAAAAUUAAAUUAAUAAUAUAAAAUAUAAUUUAAGAUUUAACUUAAUUAUAAUUCAUUAUAAUGGGGAAUUGUCUACGAAGUAUGAUAAAAAAAUUACGAAAGAAACAUCAUACAGAAAAGUAAAGCAUUUUUAUCUUCAACAAUAUCAACAAUAAUUUGAUACAAUGCAGGAAAGACUUUAAUUUUAAAUCAUAUACGUGGUGACCCUGAUAAGCAUGUACUACCAACAAUGGGAUUUCGAAUUGUAUGCUUAAAAUAUAAAUCGUAUGCUAUAAAAAUAUAUGAUCUUGGUGGUAGCAUACAAAUUAGAUCAUUAUGGCCAAAAUAUUAUAAUGAUAUACACGGUCUUAUAUAUGUGGUGGAUGCUAGUGAUAUUUCUCGUCUUGCAGAAAAUAAAGUUGUAUUUGGUGAAUUAGUUGCUCAUGAAAAUAUUUCAGGAAAGCCGUUAUUAUUACUUGCCAACAAACAAGAUUUAAAUGGAGCAAUUGAUGAAUUAGAUGUUGUAGACAAUUUAGAUGUUGAACAUGUUGUAAAUACUACACGAUGUCCUACGAGAGUUGAAACUUGUUCCUGUUUCUCUGAAAAAGGACAUGUGAAAAAUAAUACUUUAGGCAUUACGAAUGGAUACAAAUGGUUAUUAGAUACAAUAUUAAGAAAUUAUAUUGUAUUAAAUAAUAGAGUUAAACAAUCUCAAAACAUCAUGAAUGAAGAAUUAAAAAAUCAAAGAAUAACAAAGGAUUGCAAAUAUUCACCACCUAGAUUAUCAGUACACUCUAAUCCUUUUAAACCAAUAGCAGAACUUUUAUCUAAAAAGGAAGGAAAUAAUACAGAAAAUCAUUUAGUUAAUGGUAUUAUUAAUGGACGAUCAAUUAAGAAAUUCUUCAUGUCAAAUAAGACUGCACCACUUUCAUCUGAAAGUACAUUUAAUAUAAAUGAAGAUCUGUCUUUGCAUGAUAGUUCUAAUGUCAUAACCCCCGUAGCACAAAAAAGUACUCAAACUAUUACUGUAAUAGAUUUACCAAGUUUUGAUUUUUAUCGUAAUGAUGAAAAAAAUAACAGAUGUCACCGUCCAAACACAGCACCAGCAUGUUCUACAUUACAUAAUACAAUAUCAAUAAUAAAUAUUCCUGGACAAGUACUUCAAUAAUGAUAUAAAAAUUAUGUUCAUUAUAUAUUUUUGUGGGGCCAAUGUGUACAAGUAGAUGAAAUAACGAGAUAGAAGUAUUAGUUAAAUCAUGCCAUAUAGAAGGUAAUUUUUAUAUUUAAAAAAAGAAAAACAAAAAAUUUGAUAUAUUGCAGCAAAAAAAAAAGAACUUUUUUCAUUUUACAUUUUUAUUGAAUAUUACAAAGUUAUAUAAAUUUUAUAAAGGUACGACAAGUGUAUCGAAUAUAAGUACACUCAAUUAUUAAAAAAUCACAGUAUAUGUGUGUGUGAUGAUGCUAUCUUAUAAAAUAUAUUUAUUUGUGUUUGGUAAAGUUAUUUUCAUAGAAUUGUUAUAAUAAUAGAUUUAUAUGGUUAACACAUGUUCUAUCACAAUUCGUAUAAUGGUAAACAAUGGAACUCUUUUUUUUUUCUUUUUUUUUUUUUUUUUAAUCAUAAAUGCACUUUUCGUUGUAAAUAUUUAUCAAUUUAUGUAAUGUGUACAAAUAUAUAUUGCAAAUGUAAAAAUAGUAUAAAUAAUCUGGUAAGAUUAUUGCAAUAAAACUUAAUAAAUAUAUAUUAAAACUAAAUGGUAAUCAGACUAUUACAUAGAUAUACUUUAUGGCAGUACCUCACAAAUGAAAAACAUUUUUUUGAAGAUAAUCAUGAUGCCUGCAAGUAUACAAAAUGUAAAAAAAAAAAAAAAAAAAAAAAAGAAGAAGAAAGAACAAAAAUUAAAAA